AUCUAUAAGUGGUUCAGGAAGCGUGGCAGGAUGAGGAGACUCGGAUAAUAAUACCCAAGCGUUGUUCACAGUCCAAAUUUCUACACGAAUGCUGGUCGAUCGUUCAUGAUUGGGAGAAUUUAGGGAAUUAUCCUUUAGGUUUGUGAUUGCGUACAUAUUUCUUCUGUGUUAGAAAGCUUAGGCUACAUCCGUUGUGUUAGAAUUCGUGCAGAGGAUUGCGUGCAGUUGAACAUUGUUCAAAUUAGGGUUAUGAAUGGCGGUCUGCUGUUAUCCGCAUACCCCAAUACAGGGCCACAAUGGAGUUUGAAGCGGAUAUUGCGGGGUACAGCAACUUCAAAUUCAAGGUAUAUGAUUAAUCGUAAUGUAAAGAGUUUAUCAUCAUCAUCAGAGGCAGAAACUGGUGUUAGUGGUGAAUUGAGAAGGGAAAUUUUGGAACAAGUGGAUAAGGAGCUGAGCAAAGGUGAUGACAGAGCGGCACGCUCUCUUGUGAAAGAUUUGCACUCUAAACCAGGGGGUCUGAGAUGCUUUGGUGCUGCUCAACAGGUACCCCAGAGGUUAUACAGCUUAAACGAACUAAAACUGAAUGGCAUAGAGACUUCAUAUCUUCUAUCGCCAAAGGACAACACCCUCGGAGCUAUAGAAAGAAAUCUGCUGAUUGCUGCUCUAUUAGGCUUCAUUUCUGCUUGGAGCGUGUUUGAUUUAGGCCCAGAAGAGCUCUUAUAUUUCUCCUUGGGGCUCUUUUUUCUAUGGACAUUGGAUUCGGUCUCUUUUGGUGGAGGAUUUAGCAGCCUGGUCCUUGAUACUAUUGGCCAUAAGAUCAGUCAAAAGUAUCACAACAGAGUUAUCCAACAUGAAGCUGGACAUUUCUUGAUUGCAUAUUUGCUGGGAAUACUUCCCAAGGGAUAUACGCUAUCCAGUUUGGAAGCUUUUCAGCAGGAAGGAUCGCUUAAUGUUCAAGCAGGGACAACUUUUGUUGAUUUUGAGUUCACUGACGAAAUAAGCGCAGGAAGAGUAUCGGCCACGAUGUUGAACAAAUUUUCGUGCAUAGCUUUAGCAGGAGUUGCAACCGAAUAUCUUCUUUAUGGUUAUGCUGAAGGAGGACUUGCUGAUGUUAGCACGUUGGAUGGGUUGCUAAACAGCUUGGGAUUCACUCAGAAGAAAGCAGAUUCUCAAGUGAGAUGGGCUGUACUGAACACCAUCCUAAUUCUGCGUCGUCAUGAACAAGCACGAGCUCAUCUUGCUAAGGCCAUGUCCGAAGGAAAAUCUAUUGCUUCUUGCAUCGAUGUUAUAGAGAAAAGCAUCGAUGAAACCUGUAUAUGAUAAUAACAAUAAAACUGCUGCUGCUGCUGCUAAAUCAUACUUGUAGAUGAUCUAUAACGCCAUUCUUUCCAUCCUCCUAUAGUAAGCAUCUCUAGUUCAUCCUAUAUCUGUUAUGACUUGAUUUCAAUAUGACAUGCAAUACAAUAUGCGUAUUUUUGUAAAAGAACAUACGUGAUGUAUUUUUAACAUCUAAUUAUCUGCCAGAUCCAGUCAGUCUAUAGUUUGCUGGCCAUAUUUUGAACGAUUUCAACUUUGGCUAAAUAAAUGUCUCUCUUCUCUCC